UUCAGGCAUAUGGCUAUAUAAACCUGAUUUUUCGUUUGAUUCAGUUGUAUUUGGAUGAAAUCAAACGAAAAUGGAAGAAAAAAGUUCCUUAAAAGUUUUGAUAACUUCAAUGAUUGGCAUUGGCCAUUUGCAUGCAUGCAUUGGAAUUGGUUCACUUCUUCGUAAACGCGGUCACCAAGUUUACUAUGCCUAUUUUGAUGAAUACAAGGAAACUAUUGAAAAGAAUGGAUUUCAUUACAUCUCAUUGUGUGAAUACAAUGAUAAAAAUUAUCCCAUGAUGACUGGAAUGCCAUCCAAUCUUACUGAAGUAUUUGCACAACAAUUUGAGAAGACUCGUAGACUUUCAAGUUUGGAAAUUUUGAAGGAGUCUGUGAAACCUGGGUCCGGUGAUAAUGAGACGUCUGCUUUCUUAUUUGAAUCUGCUAAAGGUGAGAACUGUGCAAUGUUGAACAUCAUUGAGAAGAUAAAGCCUGAUGUCUGUUUAGCUGAUUAUAUUUUGUCCAUGCCUUGGAUGGUCAAAGCUUCAUGUCCAGUGAUUCCUAUUAAAUCUUCAUCGCCACUUGAUCUGUAUAGUGGUCCGCCAGCAGGCUCUGGAUAUUCGGUGCAUGAUCCACCUAAACUUUGGUCUGAAUACCAAAAGUUAAAGGAAGAGGCCGAAAAAAAUGAUAUAGUGAAAGCAAAGGAAUUGUUCCAAUUGUUUGACGCUGAAUAUAAACCACAGCUGCAUGCAAAGCAGCUAGGAAUUUACAUUUUCCCUGGUCCAUUGGAUUACCAUGAAUUGGGUUCACCGAAAGAAAACUGGGUUUGUCUUGACUCAUCCAUUCGAGCACCAGAAACACCGAACUUUGAAAUACCAAAGAAACUGAAAGAUAAACCAGGAAAGCUCAUCUAUGUCUCAAUGGGAUCACUGGCUUCAUCUGUAACUGAACUAAUGACCAUGAUAACCUGUGGGGAAAAAGUUUGGGGAAUUUUUGGGUUUUUUUCUCAUAUCUCGUUAUUAAACCCAUUGGCCAACUUACCCCAUCGUUUUAUCGUCUCAACAGGACGUAAUGGUGAUUCAAUCAAGCUCCAUGAUAACAUGUGGGGAGAGAAAUUUAUCAAUCAACUUGCUCUUUUACCCAAAGUGGAUUUAUUCAUAACUCAUGGAGGAACCAAUUCUUUGAUUGAAGGACUAGCUGUUGGUAAACCAUUAAUAGUCAUUCCUCAAUUCGGUGACCAACUAGAUAAUGCACAACGAAUAGCUGAUCUUGGUUUAGGUGUGAGGUUAAACUUGCAUGAAUUCAGUGGUGAAAAGCUAUUAAAAGCCAUUGAAGAUGUGCUCAACAACAAAGAGAUUCAUUCAAAUGUUGCUCGAGUCAGUGAAGAACUGAAAAAAUCUGAUUCACGAGAUAAAGUUAUCUCGCUCAUUGAGCAACUGGCUCGAAAUAAAUCACUUUGAAUAUUAACACAAUGUAUUUCAAUUUACAAUCAUUUUGUUUUAACUCAAUGCCACCAGAAUUUAUUAAAUUAAAACAUAUUGCAUUAAAAAAUAUGAAAUUUUUUUAUAUUAAUGAUUAGAAUCUAUUAAUUCGA